GGGGCUGCCGGCGGCAUGGCGGAGUCCCAGGUGCUGCUGCUGGACGAGCUGCACGUCAACGAGAAGGUGACAGAGGCCCAGGCCCGCUUCUACUACAGCGAGGAGCAGCGCCGAGCCCUGGAGGCGCUGGUGACCCGCGGCGAGGCCGCGUACCGGGAGGCGCUGAGGAAGGAGCAGCUCCGCGAUUUCCUCUCCGGCCGGGAGCUGCAGGACCUGCGGGGCGGCUGGCGGGGCUACGACGACCCCCGGGAGGGCGGCAAGGUGGCGCGGGGGCCCGGCGGCGAGACCCUCUCGCUGGCCUACUGGCCCGAGUGCUCGGACACCGAGGUGCCCCCGCUGGACCUGGGCUGGACCGACAAGACCUUCUACCGCGGCAUCAGCCGGGUGUCCCUCUUCACGCACCCGCGCAAGGAGGAGAGCGCGCCGCACCUGAAGGAGGUGGUGCGGGAGAUGAUCCAGCAGGCGCAGAAGAUUAUUGCAGUGGUCAUGGAUGUAUUUACAGACCGGGACAUCUUCCGCGAUAUUGUUGAUGCAGCAUAUAAGCGCUGGAUCCCAGUCUAUAUAAUCCUAGAUGAGGAGGGAGUGAAGCUCUUCCUGGAAAUGUGCAGAUGCCUUGACCUCGGUGACUUGCAGAUCCGGAAUAUCCGCAUACGCUCUGUGACAGGAGUUGGGUUCUACAUGCCAUCAGGGAAGAUCAGAGGCACACUGGCAUCCCGAUUCCUGAUGGUGGAUGGUGAAAAGGUGGCCACUGGAUCAUACAGUUUCACAUGGACUUCAUCCCACAUUGACAGAAACAUCCUGCUAGUCUUGACAGGACAGCAUGUGGAGAUGUUUGACAUUGAGUUUCGUGAGCUCUACGCAAUCUCAGAGGAAGUUAAUUUGUACAAGGAACUGGGUAUUGCUAACCCAUUCCUCCAUGGAAUUGGGAAGCCAGGCUUUCAUUCCUCCACCGUGGCUCGGAAGUUCAUUAACCCAAAGUAUGGUUUAGUAGCAGGGGCAACCCGUGGUGAUAUGAUGCUCUGGGCUUCACGGCACAGGCAAGACAAUCAGGGAAACAUGGAGAAGGAGGAAACAAGUGAGUCAAAGAAACGGUUAAACCAGUUCCUGAAUGACUUAGUCACAUUGGAGCAAGUGUUCCCAGAAAUAGAUCCACCUCUGGAGAACUUGAACAAGCUGAAUCGGAGCCCCCAGAAACUGUUGUCCCGGCUCCACAUGGACCUGAAAAAUAAAUCCAAAUCCAGAGAGUCUAUUCGUGACAUAAAGAAAGAAGAUGCACAGACCAAUGCAAAGCAAGGAAAAAGAUUUGCUAGUGGGCUUUUCAGUCGCAAGGCCAAGCGGUCUCCAGGCUCAAGCAUUGAGGCCAAUUCUUUUGCAAGUGAAGGACAUUCAGGAGAAGACCUUGGUAACAUGAAACUGGAGUAUGAGAGGCUCAGCAUUGGCCAUGCUAGUGUUCGGAGCACUGGAGGCAACUCAGGUAACCUGAAUCCAAACUCCACUAUGAGCGAUAAAAACAAACAAUCAACCUGUGUGUUAUCUUGAUUGGGAAGGAUUGUCUGGAGAACUAAAGACUGAAUCACAAGCUGGAACAGUAAUUUCUUGAUUGAUUUUGAACCUACAGCCAUAUCCUCAUGCAGUGGUCUGUAAAGCCACUGCGGGUCCUGGAUGCAUCUGGCACUCCCAGCUAAAGCACAUUCACUGGGUGAUGAGCAGACUUUGGAUAGCUGGUCCCUUAAAUGAGGGUUA